AUGCAGCUCGAUGAGGUCAAGAUCGUCCCCCGCCCAAGAAAACACACCUCCCCAGCAACCCUCCAGCGAGAGGUCACCCUCGACGCUCAGCUUCUGCAGGGCCUCUUCCACGUCCGGCAAGAGGAGGCAGCCGAGCAGCUCGGGGUGUGCCUGACGAGCUUCAAGGCUGCGUGCCGGAGGCUCGGGAUCCAGCGCUGGCCGUACACCAAGGGCAUGAGUCAGCGCAACGGCAGACCCGGCGUACCAUCCCGCGAGUCUCAGACAGGCUCAGAGUCAGCAUCAUCGCCAUCGCCUUCAUCAGCCUCGUCGGAUCCACUCGCAGACAGCAGCGCCUACUGGUCUCACGCCAACAGAUCGAGCUCAGGCGCAGGGACACCAGGUUGGUUGCUCGGCCAGGUCUCAGCACCACGACACGGAGAACAUGACCAUGCAGACGCGGAGAGCUUGCCAGAAGCUGCUGUGAGAGAGGGAGGAGGUGAGGGAUGGAGGGAGGAUGAGGCGGUACUGGGGCACGGGGACACGGCGUGGCUGGCUUGGUACAUGGAAGCGACGGACUCAGAUCCAGUGGUUUGGAACUUUGCCAUCAAUGAUGCUUACUUGCAGACACCUUUACACAAAGCUAGAAAUGACAUGUAUGAUUACUUGAUGUAA